CUGCUGUGAGCCAUUCCUGCUUUUCAUCUGCUUUCUGCUUUGGUCAACUCCGGGUUUUCAGCUGCUUUCUGCUGUGAUCCAUUCCUGCUUUUCAUCUGGUUUCUGCUUUGGUCAACUCCGGGUUUUCAGCUGCUUUCUGCUGUGAUCCAUUCCUGCUUUUCAUCUGUUUUCUGCUGUGAUCCACUCCGGGUUUUCAGCUGCGUUCUGCUGUGAUCCACUCCGGGUUUUCAGCUGCGCUCUGCAGGCUCACUGACGCUUUCAUUCUCUCUGAAUGAACUCAACGCUAACCGUAAACGCAAAGUCAUACCAAACAACGGAGCGCUGCUGUGUGGAGCCACGCUGACAUUAUUAAUAGCACGAAGACAGUACCACGGCCAUAUUUUUUGCAACAUAAUCAGUGUAGGUUGCUGAAUAUGGAGGUCAGUACCAACGUGAAGUUGUUUCUCGAUCACGCUACGACUCUGAAGCUGCACACAGGGAACGUAGUGAACCGCUCACGGCUUAAGAAAUGUCCUUCUUCGCAAAGUGAGGAGCUUCAAGAUUGCAUCCGAGGAACACUUGGCGAGUGGCUUGCGACGUUACCCGAAACACCCGAAAUAGAUUUGCCCAGCGCUCUGGACUGCACAAUCCCACAGAAUACAGAACUGAUCACACCAGAGGAGAGAGAGGAACUGAGGGUGUCUGUCAAGCUGUUUCUCACUGAGUCUGAUUGCUCAUCGAUAAAAGAUGCAGUGGACAUGGCGUGCGUGUCGUUAGGUGUGUCUCAGCUGGAUUCAGUUAUCAUUGCACCUCCUCCACUGCCCGAGGGUGAGACUCUGACCCUGGCUCACCUGCAACCGCUGUGGGCCGAGCUGGAAAAAAUCGUUCAGAGCCAAAAAGCUGCUUCCAUCGGCACCUCAGACCUGGACAAGAUUCAGCUAGAAGAGCUGUACAACUGGGCACAGGUUAAACCGAGCAGUAACCAGGUUAAUCUGGCCUCCUGCUGUGUGAUGCCUCCUGACCUCACUGCAUUCGCUAAAGAGUUCGACAUCCAGCUGCUGACACACAAUGACUCCAAAGAGCUCCUCAGUUCAGCAGGCUUUCAGGAGGCCAUGCAGGAGAGCUACAAGGACCUGCAGGUGGCAGACUGGCUGCUCGACUGGGUCUUGCGCUACUCCGUCAUUGUCAAGAGCCGAGGCAUCAUCAAAGCCAAGGGAUACCUCGUUCAUGCACGCAAGAGCACCAAAUAGCACCUCAUGAUCUGAAUCACAGUGUACCUCAUGCCUAGAUUUUUAGCUUGCUACUAAGUUCAUCAAUGAAAUGUAUUUGUGUUUCAUAUUUCCUCAUCACCGAAGGCUGAAAUUCAGGCUUUGACCUCAGUCAUGCUGUGAAAUGUUUUUUCAAGCACUUGACUUCUUAGUGCUGAAAAUCUGAUCUGAUCUGUCCAACCUUUAUAUUCUGUACUUCUGCAGCCUGCACAGUUAAUGAUUUUACAUUAUGUAGAUAACUAACUAACAGUUUCCAGCCAGUAAUGAAAAAGAAGCACUAUAAUACUGAGAUUUAGCAAAAUGAUCAGGGAUGGGAUCUAAAUGAUGGUAAAAGGGCUCAUAAGUCAUUUUAAUAAUAAAAAAAGGGGGUAUAUGUUUUGGAAAACAUAUAAUUUUACAUCAAAGUAAAGAAAAUUGCCGUUUUCUUGUGUGUUUGACCUGGUAGCUAAGGGUGGUACAGUUUACUAAGAAAGAGUUUUUACAUGAUGCUUCAUAAUGAUCAAUUAAUUUAGUUUAUUUUCUAGAAUGAAAACCCUGUUGGUGCUUUGUGUCACUUAUAGUGUGUAACCCUAGCCUUAAAAUAUGUGUUAGAUGUGGUUACUUGUCAUUUCCUGAUUAUGAGAUUCAAAUAUUGCAUCAGCCAUGGGCAAACGUUUUACAUAUAUGAAAACCAGCAUGUUUUCAUUGUAUAUGAAUAUGAAAUGGUAAGAUACCACACUAUGGAAAUGUUUUCUUUCAAUAUUGAAGUCGAACCAAAAUACUUGUUUAUUUAUUUGUCACAGACACAUGAGGGUCCACUGGCUACUGUACAUGUAAUUAUGGUUGUAAAAUGUUCCCUGUUUCACAUUUUUAAUUGGGAUGAUAAAGAUAACAUUCAAA